UUAUUUUAAUCAAGUAAGCAACGAAAACUUCCGGUGCGGAAAAAUUAAAAAGUAAAUGAGAAUGGAUUAUCUAGAUGAACAAGAAGACAGAGAACAGAGAGCUGAAUGUAUGAACAGACUGAGGAAGAGAAAGCAGUUUCUUCUGGAGAGACUUGAAAUAUUGCACAAUAAAAAGUUUGAUGUCGAAGAGUACAAGGUGGUAGAUUCCAGUGUGCAACAAGAAGUUUUGGACUGCCUGGAGAUUCUGGACAGCUACCGGCUACUUGGUGUAUGUAUAAAGUCUAUGGGUCCAGAUUUAGUUCUUCGGUUUGAUCCUUUGUACAAAAAUCAGUACCCAACAACUGAACAUUACAGUGUGCAACUGCUGAGGAAGGGAGGAAACUUUGAACUUGGAAAACACAACUUACCUCCCUUUAUUCCUGCCAAUCAACUUCUGGAAAAAUAUUUAGCAAAUGGUAUUGCAGAGUUUGUUGAGGAGACAAGGAAUUUAUUGUAUGCCUAUGUACAGCGGAGAGAAGGCCUUAAAUAUACACAGGAAACAUUUGGGGACAAUAUAAAAGGAGAUCUAGAUGUCAACUUAGCCGUAUCCUAUGUAAAACUUCAGUUGUGUACUUCAGACAGAUUUCCAGAGCUUGAAGUGACUCUCCAGUACAGUCUGGAAAAGUGUUUACCAGAUACUGUAAAUAUCAAGCCUGCUGAAGAUGAAGAGACAUACAGUGUGUCCAAGAAAAUGCUGGAACGCAAAGUAGAGAAGUGGAGACAGAUAUUCUUAAACCAGGAUAUAUUUACGGCUGUAUCAGACAUUGUUAAAGAAAAGUCUUGAGGCAAACAAGAGUAUGGCUCCAUAUCCUGACCAAACCCGACUUUAAGCUCACAUGUGCACAUCAUUUGGUGUCCACCCUGUCUGCAGUUUCUUUAAAGUACAUCACUUCAGCCUUUCAGGUGAACUGCACAAGAUUGUUGCUUAGGUGGUCCUCUUUCAGAUUCCUUCAAAUCUAGGUCAUCAGUGCAGAAUUCACAUGGCAAGUGAAAUAAAAAAACUUUGAAAAUCAACCUCCCAGAAACCACUGGCCUCAGUACUCCAGGCUCUUAGUGAGCUGUUAGGAUCCAGUGUUGUCUUUGGAUCAUAUGGGGUCAAAAACUAGGUCUCUAGGUCAGAUAAUAGAAAAAACCUUGUAUAUUUUCUUGAGGUCAUAUUUUCUACCUGAUCUAUAUGAACAUAGUCAGAAUGUUAAUCUUUAUGAGAACUAGGCCACGUUCAAUUCUGGGUCGUCCGAGUGCAUAUUUCACGAUGCAGUGGAAAUAAGUGUUUUGUUACAAGCAGAUCUUGUUGAUUCUACAUAAAUGUUAUUAAUAUUUCUUUAAGUCUGAGUAAAAUUGAAAAUGUUGCUGUUAAUGUUUUUAAGGCAAGAACACACAUAAAAAUGAUGUCAAGCAAAUUUGCAUGCUGAUGUAGACAACCAAUGACGUUUCGGGUUCUUUUAUAAGUACGCAGGUACUGAAAAGAUGUAUGUAACAAUUAUAGUUAUGUGCUUUAUACACCAGGUUGAUAAAAACUGUGAAUUUAUAGAAAUUGUAUAUAUUUCAGUAAAUGUUUUUGUUGGAAUAUUUACAUAGAAAAUGGAAUCAUUUAAGUGUUUUAUACUUGGAGAUAAAGUUAUACCUGUUUCAGUUGUUUCAUUUAUACUUGAUAAUGUGAUGAUAUUUUACCAUUUUCAUUGCUUUUGUUUUGAUGAAUUGUUAAUAAAAUCUACUGCUAUUGAAA